AUGUUGGACUCAGAUGACUGCAUCUUGUCCCUAGACAAUCUGUUUUUUGAGAAACCCAUUGUUCACCAAGUAAAGCCACUACACCAGGAGGCCAGUCCAUGGCAGCUGGAGCAGCCUCCCUCUCUCUCUCAGAUUCCAGCCACUCAGGAUAUGCAGGAGGAGGCAGAGUCUCUCUCCACCUUGAACAGUUUCUCACAAAAACCCAGGAUGUUCUUGCCCCCUUUCAAGGGAUCAGCUGGCCUAAAGGUUUUACCAUCAAAAAUUGACAGUCCUUACAGCUCUAAGAACGGUGAGACAGAGAUUGAAACUCAGGUUGGCAGCACCUGCCCCAGCAGAUCUGAUGGCCUUUGGGGAGGUGAGGUGUUCAAGGAUUACUCUCACACUGCCUGUCGGAGUGUCAGAGGUGGGGAUCAAACCCUGCAGGACUCUGGUCACGCGGCCAUCAUUGGGAGGUGUUUGUCUCUGGACCACACCAGAGGCCCACCUCUACGAAGAAGCUUGUUCAAGGUUCAGGUGUUGAACAAUGGAGGUGACUCGUCAAACACACAUGACCUCAGUAGGAGCUGCAGCCAGACAGCAUCCAGACCUCAAACUUUUCUCAGUCAGGUUACCAUGACGACAGUGUCUCCUCUUCAGCCGCCACGGGCGACAGUUAGCCAGGCGGCUCCUCCUUUCUCCCCUAAACCCCGCGACUCACCCCCCCCUCCUCUGGGCUCAUCUGCAGCGAGUGGCCGACCCCCGCAGCAGGCAGCACAUGCAGAGAUGCAGGACAAGGGCACAAAGAGAGUCUUCGUUCCGCCCAUGACGCUUCAGCCGCUCUGCAUACAAGGGUCUUCUGGUUCUGGAGUUUUACGACCAGUUUCUGAAAUUCCAGCUAAGUUCAGAUCCGUCUUCAACGAGUUUCCUUUUUUCAACUAUGUUCAAUCAAAAGCACUGGAUGACGUUCUUUACACGGGUAAGAACUUUGUGGCGUGUGCUCCUACCGGAUCUGGUAAAACAGUGCUGUUUGAAUUGGCCAUCAUUCGUCUGCUAAUGGAGACCUCCGAGCCCUGGAGAGAUGUCAAAGCUGUUUAUAUGGCCCCUAUCAAAGCUCUUUGCAGUCAGUGCUUUGAGAGCUGGAAGAAGAAGUUUGGCCCUCUGGGACUGAGCUGUAAGGAGCUGACCGGCGACACCGAGAUCGAUGACUUCUUUGAGAUUCAGGACUCCCACAUCAUCUUGACCACGCCUGAAAAAUGGGACAGCAUGACUAGAAAAUGGAAGGAUAACUGUCUGUUGCAGCUAGUCAGGCUCUUCCUUAUCGAUGAGGUGCAUGUGGUGAAAGAUGCGACCCGUGGUGCCACUCUGGAAGUGGUGGUGAGCAGGAUGAAGGCCGUACAUGCCUACAGGACAGCACAGAAUCCAGAGACAGGCCUCUCUAUGAGGUUUGUGGCUGCAUCCGCCACCAUUCCUAACAUCUCUGAUAUAGCAGACUGGCUGUCUAAUGAGAGUGGUCCAGCCACAUAUCUCGACAUGGACGAGAGCCACCGUCCAGUGAAGCUGAGGAAGGUGGUGCUGGGGUUCCCCUGCAGCCCAAACCAAACAGAGUUCAAGUUUGACCUGUCUCUGAACUACAAGAUGGCCAACAUCAUACAAACGUACUCCGACCAGAAGCCUGCACUGGUGUUUUGCUCUACAAGGAAAGGAGCCCAGCAGUCAGCUACAGUUUUGGCUAAGGACGCUCGGUUCAUCAUGAGCAUUGAGCACAAGCAAAGGUUGUUGAAAUAUGCAAAAUCUGUUCUGGAUUCAAAACUGAGAGAUCUGGUGAUGUUAGGAGUUGGUUAUCACCAUGCAGGAGUUGACUUGUCUGAUAGGAAGUUGAUAGAAAAGGCCUUCACUGUGGGAGACCUGCCUGUCCUCUUUACCACCAGGACUCUGGCCAUGGGGGUGAACCUGCCAGCUCAUCUGGUUGUGAUCAAGUCUACCAUGCAGUAUGUGGCAGGCUCCUGUGAGGAGUACAGCGAGGCCGACUUGUUGCAGAUGAUAGGCCGAGCUGGAAGACCACAAUUUGACACAUCAGCGAUUGCAGUGAUCAUGACCAAGACCCAAACCAAAGACAAAUACAUGAAACUUAUGAAUGGGAUGGAAAUCAUUGAGAGCAGCUUACACAGUCACCUGGUGGAGCACCUGAAUGCAGAGAUCGUUCUCCAAACCAUCAGUGAUGUUAACAUGGCUCUGGACUGGAUACGCUCCACGCUCCUCUACAUCAGAGUCCUGAAGAACCCCACACACUACGGUUUCUCCGCUGACUUAGACAGAUGCGGAAUUGAAGCAAAAUUGCAAGAACUGUGUCUAAGGAACCUCAACUCUCUGUCCUCCAUUGGUCUGAUCAGCAUGGAUGAGGAUAUCAACAUCAAACCAACAGAGGCUGGCAGGUUGAUGGCGAGGUACUGUGUUGCCUUUGACACAAUGAAACAGUUCAGUAAAGUGGCUGGCACUGAGAACCUGUCCGACCUGAUUGAGCUGGUGUCGAAGAGCGGAGAGUUCAGCGACAUUCAGUUGAGAAUGAAUGAGAAGAGGCCCCUGAACACUUUGAACAGGGACAAGAACAGGCUCACCAUCAGGUUUCCCAUGGAGGGAAAGAUCAAAACCAGUGAGAUGAAAGUGAACUGCUUGAUUCAGGCUCAGCUUGGUUCCAUCUCAAUUCAAGAGUUUGGACUCACACAGGACACAGCAAAGAUCUUCAGGAAUGGGAUGCGCAUCAGCAAAUGCCUUUCAGAGUUUUUGUGUCAGCCAUCAAAGACUGGUUUUUCUGCUCUUCUCAACUCCCUGAUCCUGGCUAAGUGCUUCAGAGCCAAGCUUUGGGAAAACUCGCAUUAUGUUUCCAAACAGCUGGAGAAGAUAGGCCAGACCUUAUCAACUGCCAUGGUGAACGCUGGACUCACCACUUUCAGCAAAAUAGAGCAAACCAACCCCAGAGAGCUUGAGCUGAUUCUCAACAGACAUCCACCAUUUGGCAACCAAAUCAGAGAAUCUGUCAUACAUCUCCCGAAGUACGAAGUUACUUUGGAGCAGCUUCCGAGGUAUAGCUGUGCUAUGGCAGAGAUUGUGGUGAAGGUGAACCUGAAAAACCAAGCACAGCUGCUGUCCAGGAGAACAGCUCCCGGCCACCACUAUGUCUCUCUGAUCAUCGGAAACUCGGACAACACCGUGGUCUUCCUACAGAAACUCACGGACUUGGUGCUGUUGAAGUGUGGAAGCUGGUCGAAAAAGAUUGAGGUGGGAAAAGCCUCGAAAGGAGAGGAGAUCAGUGUCAAUCUGAUCAGCUCUGAAUAUGUGGGCCUAGACAUCCAGCAGAAGUUCAAUGUGUAUUACUCUGGAGCCAGGAGGUUUGGAACUGAUAAUCCAUACAACACAUCAUAUGAUGUUCCUGGACAAAGACUGCAGCACUCUACACUGAAACCACAGUCUACAGAUCAGGCUGCAACUCAGUGGGAAAAUGCCACAUCUGCUACAGACCCAGGCAAUACAAGGCAGUGCAACCACUUCUGCAAGAAUAAGGAUCUCUGUGGCCACGACUGCUGUAAAGUAGGUGUAACAGUGACGCGGAAGAGGUCAGCAAAUCAAGAAUCUAAUUUCUCGUCCUACCUGAAAGACCUGAAGGGCAGGUGUGACUCACUCGCGCAGACUCCUGUCAAACGGCUCAAGAUUAAAAUGCAUGAGGAGUCUGUGUCUGACAACAUGAAGCAGUUUGCUUUCAAACCCAAAGAGAGGCUACAUGUUUCCAGGUAUGGAGGGGGUCGUUAUGAAGCGUCAGUGAGCCAUCACACUGAGACUGUGGAUCUGACAGGAGGAGACUGUGCUCGCCUGCCAGACAUACUUCAUCUGGACGGUGUUGACAGUGGUUCCUCGCUGUGGACGAAACCAGGUAUCAGUGUUGGUGUGAGUCGGAACCAUGAACCGCAUCCAAACCAGAUCAAUACAACCAACUCGGCUUAUACAAAGAGCGCUCACUGUCAAAAGGCACCAUCCUCACAAAUACCGACUGUCAGCUUUGACCUGGGAAAUGAAUGGGACGACUGGAGCGACUUUGAUGAUGAGAACUUGGUGCAUGCCAGCGAGACAUCAUCAACAACUAAUGCUAAACCUCAAGUCCAGCAGUCUGCAGACAACAACAUGCCAGGCUUUAUUGCGACAUCAUCACCAGUAUUCCUCUUAAACUCACAAGUCAGAACCUGUGUAACCGCUGCCAGAACUCCACUGAGGUCGAUUUCACCGACUUUAAGUCCUGAUAUCAGACAACCAGGACCCUCAUCGGUCACAGUGAGACCACAGAACAGGAUCACACUGGACUGGAAUAAAAGGAGGCCAAGCAUCUUCAGUGAGGAGGUCACAGUAAAAACACCAGAACCUCUCCCUGAGACCCCCGUGGCCCCACUCACCAGAAGGUUUGAUUUCUUUUCGACAAUGAGCGUCCCAGCCAACAACAGCUCAUCUGUCAACAUGAGCAGCAACAGCAAAGAAGAAGAAGCUUUCCUUGGGAUAUUUGAUGGUAUAUUUUAGAUAUACUGCUUGUCUAACUGUGAAUAUGUCAUAGAUAUAAAGCAUUUUACUUAUUUUUGCGUUCAUGUUUCAUUAGCAAUCAUAAGCUGUAGACUGUUUUAAAGUCAUGUUAUUAUACAUUUAUAUUGUAAAUGAAAUUGUUUCUAAUGUUAGUUCUAAUUGUUAUUGAUGUUAUUUAUUUAUUUAAUAAAGUCUGUUUAUUGGA